AUGGCUGCCGAGACGGAGCAACCUCAACCGUUAGUUGUGGAGCUUGCGCUUGAAGGUAAGAUAUGCUUGAAAAGUAGCGGCAACACGGUACAGAGCGCGCUCUGCAGUGUAGACGGUGUGGCCCGUACCGUCGUGAACUUUGAAGAGCAAAGCGCACGCAUUGAGUGUGUCCCAGGCUCAAGCAUAACAUCCAACGAGCUCGUAAAUGCCUUAAAGAACGUCGGGGUUAGUGCUACAGUAAAGACGUUCUCGAACAUUGGGCUCGAAAGCGAGUUGCAAGACCUACUGACAAUCGAAUUGGUAGUCGAGGGAAUGAUGUGCCAGAAAAAUUGCGGUACAACCGUUGAGAACGCGCUGCGAAGCAUCGAUGGUGUAUCGAAUGCCGUUGUUAGCUUUGAGAAGUGCAAGGCCACCGUGAUGCUUGAACAAGUUGGCAGCGCAACGUUUGAAGAGCUAGUAGAUGUUCUCAUGAGUGUCGGUUUUUCGGCCAGUAAAUAUGAUCCCGCAAAGGCCGCGGCCAUCAAGUCACAGGCGCAAAAUCAAAACUAUAAAGCGAUCGAAAAUGUGGCUAUUGAUGUAGUUGAUACGAUAGGUCACCCGCGCGCCGUGUAUCAUGUGGAAGGCAUGAGUUGUGCUGCGUGUGUGAAGGCUAUCGAAGACUAUGUGUGUAAGGCCGAAGGUGUACUACAUUGUCGUGUGGGACUAAUCAGUCAGAAAGCUGAGAUUUUAUUCAACCGUGACUUGAUUCAGAAUGAGCAAUCAGCGCUACAAAAGCUCAUUCAAGAUGCUGGUUACAAGGCUACAUUCUCACACGUGGUAGAACCUAAUGAUGACGACUCACUGGAGCUUAAGUUUACAGUCACGGGCAUGAGUAGUGUUGCUUGUGUGAACAAAAUUGAGGCGUCCGUGGCCAAGUUGCCUGGUGUGACGAAGGUGCUGGUCAAUUUGCAGGCAAAUAAAAUUCACGUGCACUUAAAACCUUUGUCGAAAACCGGAAGGCGGGACAUACUGGAAUGUAUCCAUGGCUUAGGUUAUUCUGCUGAAAUGGUGAUCGAGACGACAGAACAAAAUGCGUUGAGCAAUUCAGAAGCCAAGAAAUGGCGCAAUUUGCUAACUAGGGCCAUGAUUUUUUCCCUACCCGCAAUGCUCAUUCACAUGGUACUUAUGUAUAUUCCCUCGGUGGAGAUUGUUCUGAGGACCCCCGUUUUCAACGCUGUAACAGUAAAGCUUUUGCUACUCUUUUUACUUGCAACACCUGUGCAAUUUGGCGUUGGUUGGCGAUUUUACGUGGCUGCAUGGAAAGGACUUAAGCAUGGCGCGAUGGGGAUGGAUUUUCUUGUCGUGGCUGGUACGAGUAUGUCGUAUGCGUACAGUUUUGUUUCGUUGAUUGGCUCAGCGUUACACGAAAAUUAUUAUGGACACCACUUUUUUGAGUCGUCAGCAAUGCUUAUAACUUUUGUGACACUCGGCAAGUACAUGGAAUCGAUGGCAAAAGGGAAGACAGCGGACGCAUUGUCGGAGCUGGUGAGACUGCAGCCGAAAACCGCUCUACUAAUCAUUGGCAAUGGCGCAAGAGAUCGUGAAAUUCCAAUCGAACUAGUGCAACGUGGUGAUCUACUACGUAUUCGACCAGGUGCUAAUAUCCCGACCGAUGGUGUGGUCAAGUCUGGCUUUAGUUCAACGGACGAAUCGAUGCUAACGGGCGAGAGUAUGCCAGUGACUAAGAAAGAGGGCGACUAUGUUUUCGGCUCAACAGUAAACCAGCAGGGUACGUUAGUAAUCGAAUCUCGCUGCAUGGGUGGUGAGAGUUCAGCGUUGUCGCAGAUUUGUGCUCUGAUUGAAGAUGCUCAGCUGCACAAAGCGCCCAUUCAAGCGUACGCAGAUUGGUUGGCAUCGAUUUUCGCUCCUUGCGUUCUUGUUCUGUCGUUUUUGACGUUUGCCACGUGGAUGUUACUUUUCUCAACGAAUCUCGUACCUACAGAAUGGAGAGUUGACUUGGUGGGUCCAAUGAGCAAGGGCCACGCAGAUGACUUCUUUUUGUCGGCUCUGUUCGCAAUCUCGGUCGUUGUGAUUGCGUGCCCGUGCGCUCUAGGUCUGGCUACGCCUACCGCUGUCAUGGUCGGCUGUGGGGUCGGUGCAAAACAUGGUGUCUUGAUCAAAGGUGGUCGUGCUCUUGAAACAGCUCGUUACAUUGACACUGUGAUAUUUGACAAAACGGGAACUUUGACUGUGGGGCAUCCAUCUGUCUGUGAUGUGGUAGUGGCCGAUCGAAUGUAUACCCCUCGUGAGCUUUUAUAUUACGGCGCUUCAUUGGAGUGUGUGAGUGAGCACGUUCUUGGUAAGGCUAUCGUUCUGACAGCAACGGAGCAUGAGAUGCUCGAACUUCACGACCCUACAGAAGUGCGUAUUGUUCCUGGUCGUGGUGUCGAAGGUGUGGUGGCUGCUAGUCCUGUAACGUCCCGAACGAACUCCGUAAAGGUGCUGGUGGGCAACAUAGAGUACUGUGAGGAGAAAGGAAUUGAAAUCAGCGAGAAGAUGCGUGCCCACAUGCACAAUUUGGAGCUCGAUGGUAAGACCGUCGUUGUGGUGUGUGUGGAUGACAAGUUGGUUGGUGUGAUCGCCUUGGCUGAUGCCCCUCGACCAGAAGCUGCAGCUGUUGUGAGACACUUGAAGUCGAUGAGAUUGGAUGUUUGGCUGAUCACCGGCGAUAAUCUUCGUACAGCCAGUGCAAUUGCACGCCAAAUGGGUAUCGACCACGUUAAGGCGGUAGCUCUGCCUAAUGAGAAGGCAUCUCAGAUUAAGGCACUGCAGUCGCAAAUAAACCCAAUGACGAUGAGAUCACGCGUGGUUUGCAUGGUUGGAGACGGUAUUAACGACGCACCAGCUCUGGCGCAGUCGGAUGUUGGUAUAGCUAUCGGGGCUGGUACACAAAUCGCUAAGGCGGAGGCUGACAUGGUCUUGGUAAAGAGUGCGCUGACAGAUGUGGUAGUGGCUUUGGACCUAUCUCGCGUAGUUUUUCAACGCAUCAAAAUCAACUUUUUCUUUUCGAUUAUUUACAACGUUGUGGGUAUUCCACUUGCCGCUGGCAUGUUCUUUCCGCUUAUUCACCGAAUGAUGCCGCCCGCGUGCGCUGGUCUUGCGAUGGCUUUCUCGUCGGUCUCUGUUGUGAUUUCGUCGUUGUUGCUUAAAAGCUACCAGCCUCCAGUUGUCGGUAGUCCCAACAGAAAGCAUCGCUCCAACGAAGAUGCAAAGGUGAUUGAGCUUAAGGCAAUGGUCAGGCAGAAGCUUGGUUCUUUACACAAGACAUACGAACCUUUGGCGAAUUCAGAUGAGUGGGAUGAGUACAAGUAA